CUGGCGGAAGCAAUUGUCAGGAAAAGGCAAGACGGAAAUAGGGGAGAGAGAGAGAGAGAGAGAGAGAGGGAUGAACAGAUUGUUCUCGGUUGGUGAUUUAUCCGACUCGUUCUGGGAGUCUCCGGCGCCGGGGAUGCACCGGAGCGAUUCGGAAUGGGCGUUUGAGAGACUUCUGGAAGAGGUUGCUUCUCCUUCUCUUCCGCUUAGCAACAAUGAUGCUGGUGCUGCUCCGUCUGCGGGUGUGCUACCGUCGAAGCCCGCGGAAGGUAACAAUGAUGACGUGAUCGAGAUCGAGAUCGAGCUCGAGAGGAAGUCAGCUCCUGCCCCUCCACCGGCGCCUGUGGAUCACGCUCUUGAAGCUCCGAGCGAUUCCGUUGAGUACCGCGCAUAUCUCCAGUCCAAACUCGAAAUCGCCUGCGCCGCUGUUGCCCACUCUCGGGCGUCGUCUAUGAAGCCUGAAGGUCUUUCAACAUCACCUGAAAAUCAAGUGCAGGCUGCAGAGCCUUCUCGGCUAGAAUCCCAAGCCAAUGGUACUGGACAUGUUCUCAUGAUGGAACAAAGUAGGGCCAAUGAUAAACCAACGGGUAUUGCUGCCGUACCUGCUUUGCAAAGAAACUUGGAGGUACUACCGGCGCAAGCAACUAGUGGGUCAUCAAGGGAAGAUUCAGAUGAUGAUGAGUUCGAAGGGGAGACAGAAACUAAUGAAAAUAUGGGUCCUGCUGAUGCGAAACGUGCAAGAAGGAUGUUGUCGAAUCGGGAGUCAGCUCGACGCUCUAGAAGAAGAAAGCAAGAUCAGAUGAAUGAACUAGAAACCCAGGCUGGUCAGCUAAAGGAUAAGCACUCUUCUUUGCUGACUCAUCUAACUGAGGUGAACCAAAAGUGUGACAAUGCUUCUGUUGAAAAUAGAAUUUUGAAAGCUGAUAUCGAGACAUUAAGAGCAAAGGUGAAGAUGGCUGAAGCCUCAGUUAAACAAAUGACAGGGGUGAACCCAAGACUUUUAACGAUGUCUGGCCUACCAAGUGCAGGCAUGCCCUUUAUUAAUAGUCCUGUGGAUACAUCUAGAAAUUUUGUACAAAUGCAGCCAAACCCCAAUCAAUUCCUCCACCAGCCAGCCCCAAAUGUUUCUAAUACAACUCUGCAUAACCCAAAAUUGAACACUGGCUUUACCAACACCACCCCGGUUCCUCUAGUCGAAAACCCCCACAAUGUUGUGGCCAAUAAUGUUGGUUGUAUUCCUCCUGUGCAGCCUUUGGCAAAUGAAGCAAAUGUGAUUGGAAUGCCUUUCGUGCACCAAGGAGCAAUUGAUCAAUUGCAGAAGCAUGUUGGCUCCAUUGUCAAUCCAGGUGGGACUUUACCUGAUUCGGCUUCAUCGCAUCCCAAUUCCAUUGGAAAUGGGAAGACCGACAAAAAAAAACUAAAUUAGGCAGCUUUUGUUUCUUGUUUUUGGUGUGAUUGAAAACGUUACCUGCUGUUACAAUUUGCUUAUUGAGUUCGGUCAUGAAUUCUGAUGGAUACCAAAUAAUCAUCACCACUUUGCACACUCA